GAUUUUAUACUUUCAUCGUUAAGGAACUCGAACUACAAAUAUGGACAACUUUGCCUAUCAACCUGAUAUUGAUUUUCGUGUAAACCAGGGAAAUAUAGUGAAUGGUAGAGUUUUUAGUGUAGAUGGAAAUUCAAAUAAUCGGGGAGAUCACUUAAUUGAAGUUAAAUCUGGGGCAAAAAUAUGCUAAACUUCCAGUAACCUAUUGUCGUACAGAUGAAUGUCUUCGAACAGCUGCGAAUUACUUAUGGUCGAUGGAUCAAACUGUAGAUCCCUGCGAUAAUUUUUAUCAAUAUGUAUGUGGCAGAUGGUCAGAGCAACAUCCUAAUUAUGGUUGGUGGAAAUCAAUUUCAAGUUUUACGUCAAUUAAUGAGAAAAUUCUCAUUGCUUCUUUGAGUGCUUUAAGUGGAGACGACGAUGAUGCAGACCUACCAGAAGCUGUUAAUAAAAGCAAAAUAUUUUACCAGUCAUGUAUGGAUUUAGAUACCCUUGAUACACUAGGUAUUACAUCGAUUUAUGGAGUAUUAGAGAAAAUAAGUUUACCAAUUGUUCCUGGUUUUAUGACUGUUGCCAGAAAUGAUAGUGCGUAUUUUUUUGAUUGGUGGAAAGUAGAUGCUCAAGUCAAAAGAAUCUUACUGAUGGAUAUAUUCUUAGGGGUUAGCGUAAGUCCGAAUAAUUACAAUGGAUCUGAAAAUGUAUUGUAUGUUGGCCAAAUUUAUCAAACAAGCCCAUUACCAAGUCCUUCUAAAACGUACAAAUAUCCAAGAAACAGAAAAAGGAACAAAGAAAUUGACGAAACCGAUUAUCAAGAAUUAGUUAAAAAUGUACAUAAUAAUAUUAUAAAAUAUAUUGUAAACAUAGUGUUUAUGAAUUACACAGGAACAUCAGCAGAGGAUGACUUACUUCAGAAAGCUGCAGAUGUUGUAACUGACGUUUCAGAUUUCAUAGACACGGUGGUUACGAAUACUACAGAUCUAGACCAAGCCGAGGAGGAUAUUUACUCAAUAACUGUAGAAACUUUACAAAAUGAAAUCAAUUUAGUACUAGCAAAACCGCAACAAAACGCGUUGCUGACUUAUUUCAAACACCUUUUCAACGGUACUAACGUGACGAUAAUAUCAAGUGACCUUCUUUAUGUAACUGAUUCAGAUGUAAAAUUUUUGAAACUGAUUCUUAAAUUUUUAAAUGAAACACCAAGCAUUAAUGUUGAGCUCUACAUGUGGUGGGUAGCUGUAUAUUCAAUGAUUAUAAAUACUUCUGGCGAAAUCGCCGACUAUAUUUCAAAACAAUUGAAUACACUAUUUUCCGAUCCCCCAAUUCUACGAUCGAGGUCGCUAGAGUGUGCACUAUUAAUCAACAACUAUAUGGGAUAUGCUAUUAGUUAUGUUCUCGCCGAUCAAACGUUUCCUAACACAACCAAACCAAAAGUCGAAAGAAUGAUUCUUGGACUCAAACAAGCUUUCGUUAAUAGUGUGAAUCAAAUAAAUUGGAUGGAUAAGCAAACAAAAAUGGUAACUUUGGAAAAAAGUACAGAAAUGAUGAGUUUCAUAGGAUAUCCUGAUUGGUUGUUUCAAAAUGGAGAAUUAGAUAAAUAUUAUAACGACGUAGAUGUCAAUCCAAAUCUUUAUUUAGAAAAUAUGGUAAACGUGAUAAUGUCUCAUACAACAAAGAAUUUCAAAUCAUUGAGGGAGCCUCAUUUGAGGGAUUGGUAUAGUGAACCUAUUGAAGUCAAUGCAUUUAAUUCAUUUUCGGAUAAUGCAAUAAAUGUUCCAAUGGCUAUAUUGAAUUAUCCAAUGUAUCAUUUGGGAUUGGAGGUUUUGAACUAUGCAUCGAUAGGAACCAUUUUAGGACACGAGUUGAUUCAUGGAUUUGAUAAUACCGGUAGAAAACAUGAUAAAUAUGGGAAUAACGUCCAAUGGUGGACUAAUCAAACUAUAGAGAAAUUUGAUAAUCGUACUGAUUGCUUUAUAAAACAAUAUGAUAAUUUUACUCUUGAAGGAAUUAAAGCCCACGUGGAUGGAAAGAGAACUUUAGGGGAAAACCUAGCCGACAACGGGGGCUUAAAUCAAGCGUUUGCCGCUUACAAAAAUUAUGUAAAAAAAUAUGGAGAAGAGCCAAAAUUGCCUGGAUUCGAAGAUUACACAAAUUACCAGAUAUUUUUUAUAGCAUAUGCCAAUAUAUGGUGUGAAAAAUCAAGUAUUGAAGAUCUGUUAGAUCAAAUACAAUAUGAUGUACAUAGUCCAAAUGUGAUCAGAGUGAUAGGAUCCCUCCAAAACUCCGAAGAUUUUGCAAAUGUCUUUCAAUGUUCACCAGGAAGUUACAUGAAUCCACAUAAAAAAUGUAAAAUCUGGUAAAUAUGAUACACCGUUAACAAUAUGAAAAACCUCUUGAGAAACAUUAACAAGAUACCUUAUAACCAUCGAAUAGUGAUUCGUCUUCAUAAGUUACCUAAUUCCAUUAAGAUUACUUUCUAAAUUAAAAAAAAUCCUGAUAUCCAAAAUCCCCAUUUCAUGACAUGGUGAAAUAUAAGAAUUUUCAUAGAUUGUUAUUAUUGUCUUUUAAACUUAUAUUGUUCAAAUAGCUCACCAGCAAAAUGGCCGACGAUAAGGAAUAAUGAAGCCGCAGCUUGCCCGCCCGCCCAUUUAAAUUUUUUAAGAAAAGGAAAUUUCAAAAAACAAACAAAAAUAUCCCCAAACCGAGAAGAACCGUUUUUACUUACUAGAGUUCUCUUUUCCUUCUUUCCAGUGAGGACAGCAACCUUCACAACUCCAGUCCUGCAGAGAAGCAAGUCCUAUAUCAGAGUCAACUCCAACAAACAUUCCUUCUAUAACAAAUUUCCCUUUAUCAGACCUAAAAAUUUUCCAACGAAUAUCUCUCUUAGUGGAAUGCACUCUGUAGUUAACGUGUAAACUACUGCUGUCGAGCUUACAGCAGCUGACAGUUCACUCACUUCAGUGCCUAGGCAUUGAAAACCGAUUUCACUGCCAAUUUGUAUCGUCCAAAAAGCAAAAAGUGUAUUUUAUGAAUAAUUAGAAAUCAAGAGUAAUUUUAGAAAAUGUCUCAAUGAAAAUAGGUAACUUAGCAGCAUACCGAGCUUCGAAAGAGAUAUAUUACAAAGUGUACAGUAUUACUAUUAUAAGGAAAACACGGGACCAAUGAUAUUUUUAUAAAUAUCAUUUAUAAUCUUUGUUAGUUGCAUAGAAAAAUUUCCCCAUGAAGUGACAGUUGGUGAUUCUUACUCUUCCAUCUUGCAAUCUAAAUUCAAUUGAUAGAACCUUUUCAGUUUCACAAUUUUGGCACUUGUUUUUUAUCUAUGUGUUAAUUCCACAGUUCACCAGUAUUAUAUUCCAAUGGAAUAUCUAAUUUAGAUUUAAGAAAAUUUCACUUUGUGGAAGUUGGAAUUACCUUAAAUAUUAAAAUAAAUUUUAUUCCUAAAACUAAGUUUUGCGUUUGAUAAUUAAUAGUUUUUUGUAGUAGACCAAUUUUGUAAAAGAAAAUGUUGAAAUAUGUAUGGCUUUAAAUAACGACAAUAAAUUGUUUGGAUUUGAAAAA